GUUCACAAUUGUAACUUCAUUUAUCAAAUUAGUUGAUCGACUCAGAUUACUCAAAACGUUCACGUGGAUAUUUUGCGAGAUAUUUUUUCGACUGCUGUAGCAGACGACAACUUAGCGGUUGUUCGCAGUAAACGUCAACUUUAGCACGUUUUGCAAUAGAAUAAUUAUAAAAUUUUCGAAUUCCGAUCAUUAUUACUAAUUGUGUAAAACAAAUGAUUUUAUUAUUAUAUCCUAAUAAAAUCGUAUCAUAAAAAUUAAAAAAACGGCGUUGAUUGUAGAAACUUGGAGUCUGAAAUGUGUUUCUGUAGUAGAUAAUUAUUAGUUGAUAACAUUUUUUUCGCAAGUUUAGCAUUUUUAUUUCGGAUUUUAUCUUCAUUAAUAUGAGUAAUAUUUUGAAAGUUUAUAAAAGAUUGUUGGCGAAGUUUCCACUGGGUAUGCAAGCUGUACAAGCAGGUGCAUUAAUGGCAGUAGGAGAUCAAAUAGCACAGCAUUUAGUUGAGAAAAGAAGUUUUAAAAAUCUGGAUUUCGGAAGGACUGCACAAUUUGCUGGAAUAGGUUUCUUGCUUGUUGGUCCAUCGGUUAGAAUAUGGUUUGGAAUACUCGACAAAUUCAUUGGUUCUGCAGGAACAUCUGUCGCUCUAAAAAAAGUCAUGUGUGAUCAACUUUUCUUUGCACCCACAUUCAUCGCUAUUUUAAUAACAACAAUUGGAACUUUACAAGGAAACAAUAUUGAUAGUAUUAAAACGAAGCUGCAGAAUGAAUAUCUCGAAAUUCUCGUAAAUAAUUACAAGCUCUGGCCGGCUGUUCAGUUGAUGAACUUUUCACUUGUUCCUCUGCAGUACCAAGUAUUAGUAGUUCAAUUUGUAGCUCUUAUAUGGAAUACCUACAUUUCUUAUAGAACUAAUAGAGACUUUCUCGUAGAAUAGCCAUAAUUCUCUUAGAGAAGUCAAAACAUGAUCUGAAAAACUUUCCCCGAAUGUAGAUAAUUUUUGUACAGAUAAGAGUAUUUUUACAAAUGUGCGCCGAAUAUAACCACGUAAGUUCUGAAACAGUAUGUAUGACUUUUUAAGUUUAAAGUAUUAAAAAUAUCCCAAAAUAAA